AAGACUCGGGCUUUCCUAGAAACCCCAGUGCCACAGCUUAGGUGGGAGGAACAAUUCAGGAAGGAGUCUUUUGGCCCACAUCUUGAGCUCUCCUCGUUCCAGAGGUCCCAGCAUAGUCAUGGAUCAACACUCGUUGGCUAAAACAGCUCAAAAUGAGGCAGACACCAAUAAUUUGGAUGUGUUAUCUCACCCCAACUCACCAACGCCACAGCACAGACCAGGCCAUAGUGGAGUUCACCACCAUCGUGGGUCUCAUUACCACGGUGGGUCCCACCACUAUGGUGAGUCCCACCACUACAGUGGGUCCCACCACCAUGGCGGGUCCCACCAUCAAGGCAUAGUCCACCAUCAUCAUGGGUCCUCCCAUCACAUGGGGUCCCACCACCAUGGUGAGUCCCACCACCACGGUGAGUCCCACCAUCAUGAUGGGUCCUCCCAUCACAGUAGGUCCCACCAUCACAAGUCCCGCCAUCAUGGCACAUCCCAGCAUUAUGGCAUAUCCCACCAUCAUAGUGGAUCUCACCACCUUGGUGAAUAUCCAGACUCUCAUGACAAUGCCUCCUCUCACGAUUCUGGCAAUUCCCACCACCCCCGCCACUCCCACCACCAUGGUGAGGCCCACCAUCAUGGUGGAGCCCACCACUCCACAUCCCUUGCCCUGGCUCCUUCUCAUGGCACUGUUCAUGGUGAUUACCACCAUGGUAGCAGGAGACAUCAUGAUAGGCCCCGCCUCCGUGGUGAUUCCUACCACCAUGAUGAGCAGUCUCACCACCAUAGGGGGUCCCACCACCAUGGUGGAUCUCACCACCAUGGCGAAGUUUCCCAUCAUAGUGGGCUCCAUCACCAAGGUGAGCCUUACCACCGUAAGGAUUCCAACCCCUAUGGUGGCUCUCACCAUCACAGUGAGGUCCAUCAACAUGGUAAGCAUCAUCUUGAAGUCCACCACCACAGAGGGCCUCUUCAUCAUGGAGAGACCUAUUCCCACCAUUCCUAUGCGGGGUCCCACCAGGAUCGCAUACCUCGCUCCGGCAGACACCACAGUGAGCACCACCACGGCCACCAUAGCAAACGCCACCAUGGCCACCAUGCAGAGCGCCACCAUGGUGAGCACCACCACAAGGAGCAUCACCAUGGCAAGCACCACCAUGCUGUACGUCGUCAUGAUCAUCUCCCUGGUGAUCACCACUAUGGGGAGCACCAUCAUGGUAGCUCCCAAGUCUUUGGCCCACACAGGUCUCACAGUGUGGCCAGACCAUCUUUCCAUUCUAGCGUAAUAGCCCUCCACCCCAGCAUGGCACAAAUACAGCACUCGGCCUUCAGCUUGAGACGUUCCCUCAGUGUAGUAUACUCAUGUGCAUCCCAGAUAUCCAACAAAGUCCAUCCUCAGGAUUCCUCCUCUACAACUUCCUUGGAAACCUGGUCCGAAGAAGAUGAGCAAUUUCAGAAGCGUAAAACCGCCAGAACUCAGCGGGCCCACAAGAAGCUGCACACCGUGGAUCUCUUCUACAGGCUGUGGGAAAAAUUAAGCCACCUCACUCAGCGCCUCCGGGGAAUGCUUAGGAACCUGACUGAGUCCUUACCCUUUGAAGCCUUCAUCUUCCUCGUCGUCAGCCUCAACACUAUCAUGCUCGUGGCCCAGACUUUUGCCGAAGUCGAGGUCCGGGGUGAGUGGUACUUCAUGGCCUUGGACUCCAUUUUCCUCUGCAUCUACGUAGUGGAAGCUGUGCUCAAGAUCAUUGCUCUAGGCCUCAAGUAUUUUUCUGACUCCUGGAACAUUCUGGACUUCUUCAUCAUGAUCAUGGCUAUGCUGGACUUCAUGCUUUUGCAGUUCAACUCCUUCUCCUUCGUCUACCACCAAAGCGUCUUCCGGAUCUUCAAGGUCUUCAAGAGCCUGCGGGCCCUGAGGGCCAUCCGGGUCCUGCGGAGGCUCAGCUUCUUGACCAGCCUCCAGGAAGUGACCGGGACUCUGGUCCGGUCCUUGCCGUCCGUCACCGCUAUCCUUAUCCUCAUGUUUACCUGCCUCUUCCUCUUCUCUGUGGUGCUCCGGGCUCUGUUCCAUCAAUCUGACCCCAAGCGCUUUCAGAACAUCUUCACCACCGUCUUCACUCUCUUCACCAUGCUCACCCUGGACGACUGGUCCCUCAUCUACCUGGACAGCCGGGCCCAGGGCGCCUGGUACAUCAUCCCUAUUCUCAUGAUUUACAUCAUCAUCCAAUACUUCAUCUUCCUCAACCUGGUGAUCGCCGUCCUGGUGGAUAACUUCCAGAUGGCUCUGCUCAAAGGCCUGGAGAAAAUAAAGCAGGAGAGGGCAGCCCGGAUCCAUGAGAAUCUACUGGAUGACUCACUGACCGAACUCCGAAAAUCAGAGCCUGAAGAGGUGGUGAGUGAACAUACCAAACAGAAGCAGCUCAUUGAGAAGAAAUUUGGGACCAUGACUGAGAAGCAGCGAGAGCUCCUGUUCCGCUUCCUGCAACUGGUGGCCGGGGUGGAACAUCAUCAACAGAAAUUCCGCUCCCAGGCAUCCGUCCUGGACGAGAUCGUGGACACAGCAUUUGAGACUGGAGAAGAGGACUUCAGGAAGUGACCCCUCGAUGGAGAGGGACAUGGGAUGAAAGCCUUCGGCCUCUGGCAAGCUGCCCACCAGGGUGGGCCAGGACAAGUUCCUACAUCUGCUGGAGUGGUUGUCGGGCCCACAGGGCUGGGCCCUAACAGAGUUUUAAAACCCCAAGUGGCUCUGUGUC